AGAUAAACAUUUGAUUUGGAAAGAAAGAGAAUUUAAUAAUAUUUCAAUGAUAACUAUGCCACCAAAAUCUAUUUGGAAACCAGAUAUUUACGAAAUACAUUACGGUGGACCACAAAGUUCCAUUUCAGAAAUUAAUUCGACUGAUGUUGAGGUUUACUCUGAUGGAGUAGUAUGGUGGGCCAUACCCACUUCAUUAAUUGGUAAAUGUUAUUUCAAUUAUGAUGAUUAUCCAUUGGAUGCAGCAAAAUGCAAAGUCAGUUUGGAAACUUGGACUAACAGAGGUAGUGAUGUCUAUUUGUUCGCUCCUGAUCCUGAACCGUAUCUGGAAUAUUUUAACAACGGUAAUCCUUAUUGGAAUAUGAAUGACUGUCAGCUAGAUAAAAGAGACAUGCAAUACCAAAAUAACUUUUAUCCAAUAGUAGAAUUGUCAAUGUUACUUACAAGACGACAACCAAUUGCACAAUAUCAGUUACAGUGGAUAAUUUCUGUUAUUGUUGUAUUAUUGACUCUGUGUAUGUUUUGGAUUCCGGCAGACAUCAGGCAGAAACUAACAUUAGGAUGUGUGGUGAUGAUAAUAUUAACCGUUAGCCUUGUUACUAUCACAUCAACUGUAAAAGUACCUCAAGUCGCUGAACUUAUAGCUAAACCUAUUCACAACACAAUGUUCGUCGUCUUAGUGGCUAUUGUAUUCGAGGUCAUCAUCAUUAAUUUUCGAUACAUUCAAGACUAUGAACCGCCCGAAUUUAUCCUCAACAUAUUUUCAGGAACCAUUGCUAAAUUAUUAAUAAUUAAUUCAGUUCGCACGGAAGAGAAACCAAUGGACAAAGUGAAUUUGUACGAAAAUCAAGACGAAUUGGCUCCUCUUCAACGACUAACGAAAAACGAAAACUGGCAAAUAAUUGCUCAAAUUGUAGAUAGAAUAUUGUUCAUUUUUUACGUUCUAUUGCUUAGUUCUAUACCUAAAACAAUAUAAAUUUAAAUUUUAAGUGUUUUCUUCUAAUUUACACAUAGAUGAUUAUUAGGAAUGUUCUUUUAAUUGCAAAAUAUGUUUUAUUAAGUUUAUUGUAUGCUUAUGUAUGUAGUUAAUAAUAUGUCAUUACUAAAUAUCUGAAAGAAACGUUACUGUCAAUUGUUUUGACAUGCGGAUUCGAGUCCAACUAGGAUGCCCAUGACUUUUUAUGGUUAAUAAAGUUGCGACACAGUUUCACUUCCUUGUAACUUAGUUAUGUAAUUAGAAAAUAUGAACAAAACAGCGCUAAAAUCUAUCCUUAAAACAACUAGCAGCCAUUUUUUUCAUCAACGAGCGAAUGCCAGUUUCCUGUAGAGGUAUACACAAAUAAUUAUGCACCAUUAAUAAAUAUAUUAACCUACUUUUUAUCAGCAUUUACAAUUUUUUGAAUAAAAUUCAUCUCUAUCCUUAAUAUUAAGUUUUUUAUCAUUUUAUGUUAAUUAAUAAUAUAAAAGUUAUUAUUUUAUAACAUCUCGUGACGUCAUGUUGCCGGGAAUGUUUCGCAACUUGUUGCUGUAUUUUUUUGUUUUUAAGAAACAAUAAGACGUUUGCACAGUUAAAAAAACGAACCUGUCCAUGUACUUUUUUCCUUUUUUUACUUUUUCGGGUUAAGAAAUCUCAAA